AUGUCAGAACGUUUAUUUGCACUAUUAGAUUCAUCAUCAGUAAUUGUAAAUGGUGAAGGUUAUACGAAUGUUACCUUGGAUCAAAUGAAACCUAUUUGGGCCAGUGGUUUAGUACUUUCGAAUACAAUAAUAUUUCUCAUUCUCUUUUCAGUUUACAUUUUCGUUCUUAUUGGAUUCAUCAUUAGAGUUACAAGAAAACUGAAACUAAAGAGAAACCAAACGAUACUGUUCAUUAUGACUGGUAUUUAUGUAACAGUUCAAAUAUUUAGUUUACUUGUAAGAGUUGUAAACGAAACCUUACAAUUAGUCAUCAGAGAAAAGAUUGAAGCAGGACAAUUAAUUGAAUGGAAAUUAUUUAUUGCCAUGCAAGUAUUUCUUGGUCUGAACAGUUUUACAAUGACAAGUAAUUUCUUGACACUGUUUUCAAUCAUUGUUUUCGUUCAAAACAUGUUUUGGAGUACAGCUACACUGAUGAGAGCCAUCACUAAGGAAACCUCCAAAAUUAUUCGAACCUCAAUGACCAUUAUUGCCACAUUAUUUGUCAUGUUGGCCAUUUUGAUCAUUCUCCUAAUUGGUAUCAUGUCUGGUAUUAAGAGAUUUGAUUUCAUUCCAAAAGAAUAUGCAACUGCCAUUCAAGUUGUAUCAUUUGUAGUUGGAGGAUGUGUUAUAGUAUUCGUUGGGUGUAUGUUAAUUGCCUCUGGAAUAAUUGUUGUGAGAACUAUUCAGAAAACAUCCAAGAAUGUCACUAAAGCAGUUUCUGAACAUCACAAAUCAGAGAGUAAAAUGAGUGCUACAGAGAGUCAAAAUUCCAGUUCAAGAACUUCAUUUGAUAAGGUUUCGUUUGAGAAGAGAGUUCAAUCUCCAUUCAAAAUUACUUUCGGAUUAUUGAUUGGUUUGUUGCUAUGUAUGGCUCUACAACUUGUUGCCAUAGCCAUUGCUGCAGGAGCCUCAGAAUUGGCCAACUACUCUGUAAUUUGGCAAUUCCUCAAUUGUACUGGAGUCUUGAUAUUUGGUAUUUUGAUUCUCUUCUUGUUUUAUCCACUAUUUAGAGAUAUGGAAAUUGCAAUGAAAGAAAUUGAAAAGAGAAAGGAAACUCUCUCUCAAAAGAAACUCCAUAAGGUUUCUCACUUACAAGUUCCCCUUCAAAAUGGUUCAUCAUCCUCAACAACAUUGAAGGAUCAUUCUAUGAGUGGAAGUGAAAAUAAUUUCCUUUCUCUACCUUCGAGCAGCUCAUGUGGUGACAUGUCUCCAACAACCCCCUCAGCAAUUUCAUUCUCCACUGAAGUAUUGGUCAUUCCAUCAGAGAAUAACAUCUCUGCAAAUAACAUUUAA